ACUACUUUUCAUGUUGGAGGGAAAUUUCUUUGUAAAUUUUGGAAAAGGUACACUGCGACUUCAUUUCACUGCGUUUCAGCUCCAUGGAUUUACAUACAUUUGAUGUUUAGAAUUUAUCUGGGAUGUCAGAGAGAAAAUCGUCCAGAGCCAAGAAAGUGGUAGAUUAUGCAACCUUUGGGGAUGAAGAUGGCGGCAGUGAUGAUGAUUUUGCAACCCCAACGCCACCACCUUCAAAAAAGACCAAACUUUCAACAAAGGAGAGCAAACCUAAAAAAACACAGAAUAUUGAAGCAAGUGCAAAGAAGUCAAAAAAAAGAAGAACGGCAGUUGAGGAGAGGGUGUUUGAUAAAGAGUUACAACUGGCACUUGAGCUGUCCAUGUCUGAAACUCAGCUGCCUCCACCCCUUGAAACUUCAACACAAAUACCAAAAGAUGAAGGCAAGAAAGAAUGUAACAAGGAAAAUGCAGGGCAAAAUGCAGCACAGAUGCCGGACCUUGAUGCUAUAGAAGAGCUGGGAUCUGUAGAGAUUAAAGAUGAUGACACCAAGCCAAGAGCAAAGAGGAAAGCUGCCGCUGAUGCCAACAAGAAGCGGAAGCUGAUGAGUGAUGAUGAGGAGGAGGAGGAGGAGGAUCAGGAAGAUGAGACUUCAAAACAGAAGGGAGUUGUUACUGAUUGUGAUGAUGACUUCAGUAUAGAUAAGGAAUUAAAAGGUAAAGAAUCUGAGGAUGAGGAAGAUGAAGAUUUUGACAUGGAAGAUGAGGAAGAUAGCGACUAUGAAAUAGAGAAAACCAAAGUUACAAAAGGAAAAAAGGGAAAAACCCCAAAGAAAGAAACACAAAAGCAGGGAAAAGACAGUGCAAAAUUAAAAUCUAAAGAAGUCUCAGCUACCAACAGAAAAUGUGCAUCAAAGAUAACAACCAAAAAGGCAGCUGGAACAAUAGCUUCACCAUCAGUAACAAGAGCACCAUUAGCAGUUUCAAGGACACCUUCAGCAGUUUCAAGAUCUUCAUUAUCAAGUCCAGGAGUUGGAGCGCCAAAGUGGAAGCCUCCAGCAUUAUUGAAGUCUGGAACUUCACCCUCUGCAUCUACCUGUGGCAAUGGUAUGAUAUCUCCGACAGGAUUGAGACUUGGCCUGUCCAGAAAUAUCAGAGUAUCAAAGCCAUUACACUCCAACAUUAAAGUACAUCAGUGAAAUAUUUGCUGCCAGUGGAAAGAUGAAGAAUUUGAUAGUGGCCAAAGGAUGGAAGACAUCAUUCAAUGAUUUUUUUUGUUUGUUUUAAUAUCAGACAUGUUAUUUAAAUUAAUAUGAAAUGAAAUGAAGUGUUAAUUUUAAUAUAUUCAUAAGCCUUCUAACAAGUUGUGGAGAACAAUCUAAGCAUAAAAGGGGAUAUUAUGUGUUCAUCAAACAUCUUUACUUACCCUAAGCCUUGUUAUGUGUAUCCCCAUUGAAGCCAUGUCUGCUUACAAAUGGAUUUUUUUUCAUUCUUUUCAUUUUGAGGCUUCAUACAACAGUUGUUAAAGGGUUAAUAACUAUUUGUGAGACUUAAAAUUCCACAUUAUAUACACUGUAAACAGUGUUUGCCUCUUAAGAAAAUUAGUUGCUGGACUGAAAGUUCAGCCUUCUUGAAAAGUAGCUGGCUCAAUUGUCUGGCGGGUGGGAAAACUUCUCAGCCCCGUGCAGACGGUCCAGUGUCAAUUUCCAAUGCUAGCUGUAAACAAUGCAUAGAAAUUUAAUGAAUUCCAUUUUACCAAAACGUCUGUAGUCAAUUUUUCUGAAAUCUGUACGUCAUAGGAUCGCAUGGACCUUCAUAAAUGGCUACCCUCCUUAGUAAUCUCUUAUAAUAUUAAAUUUCAAAAGAUGUGCUUGAAAAAACCCAAAGGACUAACCUAUUGUCGGAACAGAUUUAUUAACCAUUAGAAAGUAUUAGAAAAGCAUUUUCCCUAUGAAAAUAUGUAUUAUGCCACUUUUCCUGCCAAAGUGAAGAGUUCUUAUCCCAUUAAGAAGCCAAAUUGCAGUAUUUUUAAAUUGCACUUUACUCACUUAACAAGCGAGUUUUCGACUUCACCAUGGUAUACCCGAGGCACAAAUUGUACAUACAAAGACAUUGGCUACUGCUGCACCGUUACUCAAAUAGAGCAAGGAAAGGAAAUGAGUCACAAUGCUGUUAAAUUUUUAAAAUUUUAUUUCAAGGCAGUUUUUAUUUUCAUUAUCUCCCAAGAAUUUUAUGUAUAUUACAAUGUAAAUAAACUCAAUCUGUCUGUA